UUGUCUCACAUCUGCAUCAGGAUAAUGGCCUUCGAUAUCGGUGAGAAAGCACCUAAAAAAAGAACUUUCAUGGUGGUCCCAAAGAAAUACCAGACUGCCUUGCAGCAGUACUAUGAAUUGGAUCAUGGCUUGUUCAUCACAGAGCUGAAUCCCAAUAUAAAUGAAGGUUAUCUGGCUGCCUACUUUAAACCUUUUGGAUGUGUCACAAUGUGCAAGAUCAGGAAUAGUUCCGGCUCUUCAAAGGAUAGAGUGGCCUAUGUGAGGUUUUCCACAGAAGAUGAAGCAGACCAAGCAGACUGGGCUGGUCCUCACUAUAUAGGAGGGACAGAAUGUAAAGUAAAACGGGUUGUCAGUCCAAAGAUCGAAGGCGAGUCAGUCGGUGAGCCCACUCAAGUGCAAAUUAAACCUGCACUUCGCCGUCCAAUGGGUCUGGGCUACAUGCUGGAAGAUCCUCAGUGGUUAGAUGAAGAAGAGGACGAACAAACCAACCAAUUUUAAUAUGUAUUGUCUGUUGAAAGACCUAAGACGAAGACUUUGCAAAGUUGUGUGUUGUCAAAAUAACCUGUAAAUGCUUCCUAAUCUGCCAUCAGGUCUAUUAUGUUAUGGAGACACAACACAUCUUCUUUUUUUUUUUUUUUUAAUUCUUCACCUUUUGCUUUGAUAUGCCUGUUAAUGGGUAAAUAUUUUGCCCAAAUAUAUGUUAUCAUCAACAAUGGAAGAGGAUAUACAAUACUUUUUAAACAAGCCAAACUCCUAUGUACUACUAAAUGUCAAUUCAGACUAUCAAACAACUUUUAUUUGAAAAAUAACUGUACUUUUGAACCAAUUGUUUCUGUU